UCGAAUUUUUACUCAAGAGCAAAAUGGCAAAUUCUGCAUCCGGGGUUGCUGUGGACGACGCGUGCAAACUGAAGUUUUUGGAGCUAAAGGCUAAGCGGAACUACAGGUACAUCGUGUUCAAACUCGAUGAUGGACUCCAGCAAGUGGUGGUGGAGAAGGCCGGGGGUCAAGAUGAGACUCACGAUGACCUCAACAAUAGCUUGCCCGCUGAUGAUUGUCGGUAUGCUGUCUACGACUACGACUUUACAACUGAUGAGAACUGCCGCAAGAGCAAGAUUUUCUUCAUUGCAUGGUCGCCCGAGACUUCGAAGGUGAGGACCAAGAUGCUUUACGCGAGUUCAAAAGAUCGUUUCAAGAGAGAGUUGGAUGGAAUUCAGGUUGAGUUGCAAGCAACUGAUGCAAGUGAGAUGAGCAUGGACAUCUUCAAGGAAAGAGCUUAUUAAUUCAAGUUUCUUUAAUGCUGAGACAGCACUAUUUCUAUUUUUAUUAGUAAUUCAAAACUUUCUUAAUCACAUGAUUUCUUUUCUUUUUUCAAAUCUUGACAUUUGUUUUUGAGUUCAUAAUUUUUGUUAUAUUUUAAGAUGGUUUACAUGGACGAC